AUGCUAUUCAUCUGGUACACUCAGCUUCGUGGGAGCGAUGCGUCGAGAUAUGUUUAUAACCUCAGAGACACCCGUCACUUUGUGGGCGGAAGUUGCACUGGAUUCAAUCAGGCUCUUAUUGGCCAAGACUUAGGCUCUUCACAGACAACUGGAAUCAUCGAUUGUGCACAGAGGUGCCUUGCUAUGAACCCGUGCAGUGCUAUAAAUUUUGACUUUGAAAGUCGAUGGUGCGAGCUGCACAAGUGGCAAAGUAAGGAAUCGAUAAACAGCGUUGUGUACAAGAGAGGGUCUGUGUUUGUGCUGUUUCUUUGA